AUGCAAAACAAAAUCGCUAAUAAUCCCAAAUUUCAAGUGAGGCAGCCGGAAGAAUAUGUUGAUAUUGAUGAUCUUGAUGAAAUGGAUGAUUACGCGGAAAUGAUGCCUCCCUCCAAAACUCAAAAGAUAUCUUCUAGUGGAGGUUCAUCCACCGCACGGAGUGUGACGAAAGGACCUUUGAACCUUUAUUUUUCACAAAAAUCAACACAAAAAGGAGGCUUUGAAAAAGGAGAAAUUGAUGAAACAAAGAAAAUUCUAAGAGAGCGUGCGGUAAGUGCUUUUGCAAUUUGGAUGUAUGAUGCAGGGCUCCCUUUUAAUUGCGUCAAUCACAAAUCAUUCGAUAAAUUUUUUGAGGCGGUUGGACAACAUGGCCCCGGAAUGAAGCCUCCUACAUUCCAUGAAGUUAGAGUCACUCACCUUAAAAAAGAGGUGGAUAAAGUAGAAAAAAUUGUUGAUGAGCAUAAAGUGCAAUGGACAAAGUUUGGAUGUUCCAUUAUGAUGGACAAAUGGACGGCACGAAAUGGCAAAAUGAUCAUCAAUAUUUUGGUGAAUUCUCCAAUCGGUAGUGUAUUUCUUGGUUCUGUUGAUGCUAGCAAUGAAUGUACCGAUUCCACCAAAAUGUACAAGUUAUUUGAAAGCACUAUCGAAAGAAUUGAACCGGAAAAUGUUGUACAAAUUGUCACCGAUAAUGCUAGUGAGAAUGUCAAAGCGAGAAGGAUGAUGAUGGGUGUGUAUCCACACAUUUAUUGGACUCCAUGUGUCGCUCAUUGCAUCAACUUAAUAUUUGGUGACAUAAUCAAGGUUAAGCCAUAUGCUUCCGUUUUUAAGAAGGCCAUCAGAAUCCAUUCUUACAUUAGUCAAAGGCCAUUGUUGUUAAACUUGAUGAGAAAAUUCACCAAAGAAAGAAAUUUGGUGAAACCAGCCAAGACAAGAUUUGCAACGGCAUUCUUAACUUUGAGAGUUAUGUACAUACAAAGAAAAAACUUGAGAACUUUAGUCCUCUCAACCGAAUGGAAUUCAAGUAAAUUUGCAAAGGAAACUUUGGGGAAAGAAGUUGCCAAUCUUAUUAUUUCUGUCCACUUUUGGAAUAAUGUUGUUCGGGCACUUACAGUUUGUAGCCCUUUGACAAAAGUGCUUCGUUUGGUGGAUGGAGAGAAAAAACCACCAAUGGGUUAUAUUUAUGAAGCAAUGGAUAGAGCCAAAGAAGCUAUUGCACAUGGUUUUCGUGGAGUUAAGAAGCAAUAUGAGAAAGUGUUUCAAAUUAUUGAUGCAAGGUGGUCAGGGCAACUCCAUCGGCCUUUGCAUGCUGCAGGCCAUGUUUUGAACCCAGGAUUAUAUUAUAAAGCUGAAGAAGAGGGAACUUUAUUACAGAGUUUGUGGACCGAGUAUUAUGCAUGUGUUGAGAAGUUGGUCCGUGAUACAACAAUACAAGAUGCACUAAUCGCUGAGCUUCCUAAGUACAAAAUGGCGGAUGGACUAUUUGGUUGUGGUCCGGCUAAAAGAGCUAGAGACACAAGGUCACCGGUUGAAUGGUGGUCACUAUUUGGUAGUGAAACACCAAACUUGCAAAAGUUUGCCAUGAAAGUAUUAAGCCUAACUUGUAGCUCAUCUGGAUGUGAGCGAAAUUGGAGUGUGUUUGAACACAUUCAUUCCAAAAAGAGGAAUAGGCUUACACUAUCGCGUCUCAAUGAUCUAGUGUACAUUAAGUACAAUAGAACAUUGAAACGCCGUUAUGAUGCUCGUGAUCUUAUUGAUCCAAUUCGCUUGGAUAACAUAGAUGAUUCCAACGAAUGGUUAGUUGGAUGCCCCGAAGAUCAAGAUGAUGAACUAGUAUAUGAGGAUGAUGAUCUAACCUGGGAUAGUGUUGCUACGGCAAUUGGAGCGGACGAGAGUAUCUAUCAUCUUAGGGAACUUUCUUCAAGAUCAACAGUACUUGACAAGGGCAAAGGAGUAGAAAGUACAUCUACAAGUUCAUCUUCAAGUAGGACUCGGACACUAAUUGAUGAAGAAUACGAGGAGGAAGAAGAUGAAGAGCAAUAUAAUGAUGUAGAGGAUUUUGAUCUUCAAGAGUUAGAUAAUUUUGAAGAAGAAUAGACUUUUAAAGUUUUGGUUUAUUGUAUUUUGAAUUGUUUGGUCUUUAAAUUUUUAGACAUUUUAGUAUCUACUAUUGGUUUUUGAAUUGAAUAUUUGUUAAUAUGUGUUAUUGCUAUUAAGAUUUUGGAUAAAAUAUGCAAUUAAAUAUUUUUAAUUUUUGGUAUUAAUUGGCGCCUUUAUUCAAAAAGGCAAGCGCCUCGCCGCGUGGCGAGGCAGGCCCUUGUCGCCUCUCGCCGUCCACAACACUGGGAUGGAUUAAGAAGAACCUCUACAUAACUAAUGCAAAAAGUUGGCUGGCAUAUAAGAAAUAUCUCUGCACAACUAAUGCAGCAUUCAGAUAGUGUUAAGCUGGUAAUAAACAAUAUCAACAUUCAACUUAUUUUGGGAAUCCAGAUAUUAUUCCAUGGGGAAUCCCUAGAGUUGGGUUUUAGUUGCAAUUGGUAUGAUAAUAAUCCUCCUCAAAAAUCAAAGUUAGUGACAUCGAAGUGAGAUUUGAAAAUAUCAGUCAGGUAUAUUCUUCUUUCAUGAUAAAGACCAAGUAAACAGUUUCACCUGACUAUUACUCCUAUUGUCCUAAAUCCUCUCUGCUCUUACCCAGACCUUCCUUUAUGGACUUGUCCUCUCUUCGAUGAGUUCAUUCAUAGACCUCAGAGUUUCUUUUUGACAAGUAAACAGGUUUAAAUAUGACAAGCAUGCACUGGACCAGCCCUACAAAAGAUAAUUACAGAGAGUGAAAGUCACCUGUCAGAGAGUUCAUAUAUCUUCUUUGCUUUUGGGUGGGUAUUUUUUUGGGGGGGAGGGGGGGUGUAUUCCAGAGGUUUGAUGUUGUGCAUAAUUUGGCAACCAACUAAGACACUGUUGUAAAACCGGCCACUGAUAAAUAGCCCUAAUCAUAUUUGCUGGUUUUCCACAAUAACCACGAGAUGUCAAACUACAAUAAUCUAGGAUGCCAUAUUACACUAUUCUGGUAAAGCUUCCUUGCUUUUGUACUUUCCAAAAUAUGUGAUUGAAGAAAUCUCACAGGAAACCAACCAUUAGUGGAACAAUAUAUGAUAAUGAUCCCGAGCCAUGAAGGCAUAUAAUAUCUGUUAACCAUCAAAAUUUGCAGGAUUUCAAAAAAACAGAUAUGCCUCUCAUGGAAGGAUUAUGCAAUUGUCAGCAUAGGUGGGCACUACCAACAAAGUAAUGCUAAACCAAAUAAAAACUGUUAUCUAUUUGUGCAUGAAUCUAUGGAAGUUGGAAAAAAUUUUCAACAAGAACAUUUUAUACAUCAUUCUCUAUGUGAACAGCAGUAACUUAACCAGACUACACCCAUGAAAAGUAAAUUUUCUAUGUGAAUAACAGUAACUUAACCAGUAUAUACCUAUAAAUAACAGUAAUUUAAUUGGACUAGAAAUGAUUUCUCUUAGCUUCGAAUUUCACAAGAUUACAUGACUUAUUCCUAAUCGUUCGCCCAGAGCUCUAAAUUUUAACAAUGCUACCAGAUUUGUACUUCACUAGGUAUAAGUGAAGCCUUUCAUUUUUGGCAGUCUAUCAACUACGCAGUAAAAUUAAGAACAGUUAGGUAAAUCCACAAUUUCUGUCUUAUCCAGCAGGUUUAAGAACAAGCCCAACCAAUAUUAAGUAUAUCUGAAUGUCAAAGAAAAUCAUGUUCAAGAGAGUCGGCAAAUGGAGGAGCAGGUCCCAAUAAAUGUAAGAAAUAAGAUGUUGAAGCACCGACAACAGAUAGGUUCAGAUUCUUCAAAGAUUAUUAGUUUGUAAGAACUAAAUUCUGAACAGUUUAUUUUAAUACUUACAAUGGGUGUAACAGCAGCUUCUGAGAAUCAGUGUACAUAAAAUUAUUCAGAUAAUAC